AUGAUCAAUCAAGUGUUGUGUUUGGUGCCCCGGCAUCACCAACAGGUGAAUGUUGUGGAUGUGGUGCCGCCGGGUCCAGCCGGUCCACCGGGUGAGGAUGGUAAUGAUGGUGCUGAUGGUGAAAGUGGACCACCUGGUAAAGAUGGCCAGGAUGCACCACAGGAACCACCUACACCGCCGAAAAUCGAUUGGUGCUUUGAGUGUCCUGAUGCACCGGCAGGACCACCUGGUAUACAGGGACCGAAAGGAGUUCCAGGCAAGCAGGGUUCACCAGGUCCAGAUGGACCUGUUGGUAGCAGUGGUCCAGCUGGUGAACCAGGACCAGAAGGACCAGUAGGACCUCCUGGAGCAUCGGGUGAGAAAGGUCCUGCUGGACCACCAGGUACUGUCAUUGAAAAAGAAGGACCAGUAGGUGCACCAGGAAAAGCAGGAGAACCAGGUUUACCAGGACCUAGCGGCGAAGCAGGAGCAGCUGGUAAAACUGGAUCAGAUGGACCAGAAGGACCACCAGGAGAUGCAGGCAUAGAUGGACCACCCGGAAAACCUGGAUCUGAUGGUGAUAGGGGACCAGAUGGUGAAGCUGGACCACAAGGUACCUGUGAUGCUUGUCCACCUCCAAGGACAGCACCUGGUUAUUAA